AUGGGAAUGGACGGCUACAAGCUGAAGAGUGGUGUGUGCGGCAAGGAUGGCAACCUUUCAUCACGGAUGCAAUUGUUUCGGAGUCAGACAAGCCACGUGCAGGCGUUGGCCUCUUUGUGCGCAGCAACAUCGGUGUGGUCAAGCUAUCGGCCUGCCUUCGUGAUCAUGUUGUCGUACCUGGUUUCAGUGUGGCCGUUCUGGUUCGUGCUGGACCACCAGGGAUUGAAGCUGGGCGGAGCGAAUUCGACCCGCAUCUCACGCCUGGGCUCAUCCCUUCGAUAUUACGGGCUGCCCUUUGUCGUGGCAGGUGAUUGGAAUGUCAAGCCAGAAGUUAUUGAACAGUCGUACAUCACCACGAAGCUUGAUGCGAGGGUGGUUGCCACGGCUGAAGGCACUUGUCGGGAUCCAGGGUCUGGUAAUUAUUCAAAGAUUGAUUUCUGGCUGGCCAGUGAUGCUUUGGCGGCGGCGAUGGGUACUCCGACUAUAUGUGGAGGAUACCCUGCGCGUGUGCACUAUCCCAUCCAGUUCGCCGUCUACUCGGGCCCCAACUUCUACCUGUGCACCCUGUCGUGUCGCCCGACAUGGGAGAUGACGACGAGGAUGGAGAGUUGGUCUAUGCUGAUCCUCCAGGGGGUCGCGGGGUGCCGGGGUCGCGGGGUGGGCGGCGCCGGCGCCCCGCACGCUGCGGCGUCAGCUCCUGCACACCGCGAGCCCAUGCGGGCUCCGCGGGCCGGCGGGGUGCACCACCGAGCCGAGCGAGGCGAGGCGCGGCGCGCCACCGAGCCGAGCGAGGGCGUCGAGGCCCGGCGCGGCGCGGCGCACCACCGAGCUGGGCGAGGAACCUUCCUGGCCCUGGUCAAGGCAUCGACCACCGAGAAGAACACGCAGGCGGCCGAGCGGUGGUUCAGGGCCGCAGUCGACGCGGAGGUGGUCACGUCUGCCACGGUGCUCAACUCAUUCAUCAACGCGGCGGCACAGUCUGGAGAUUUGCCCGUUGCGGAGAGGUGGUUCGACGAAUUCAGCACGAUGGAAGACGAACCAAACGUGGCCACGUACACGAUUCUGAUCAACGCGGCCGCAAAGAGCGGGAACCUCAGGAAAGCGGAGCAGUGGUACGCCGAGUCGGUGGCGGCGGGCAUGUCGCCCAACGUCGUCACGUUCACCUCUCUGAUCGACGCUGCGGCCAAGGGGCGCGACCUGCCCGCCGCCGAGCGCUGGUUCGGGGAGGCGCUGAAGGCGGGGGUCUCCCCGAACAUGCACACCUUCAACGCGCUGAUCAGCUGCGCCGCAAGGGCGCGCACCGGCCUCUCAAGGGCGGAGAAGUUCUACCAGCAGGCACUGGACGCCGGCAGGUCGCCCAACGUCAUUACCUACAACGCGCUGAUACACGCCGCGUCGAGGCAGGGGAACCUGAAGCGUUGCGAGCUCUGGUACGACCGCGCCAUCGCCGAUAGCAUCCGGCCCACGGUGGUGACCUUCACGACGCUCAUGCACGCGGCGGCCAAAGAGGGGCUACCGAAGGAGGCCGAGCGGUGGUACGGCACGGCCUUGGAGGCUGGAGUGAAGCCUACCGCCUACACCUUCAACAUCUUGAUCGAUUCGGCGGCGAGGAACGGAGACAUCAAGUCGGCGGUGUCGUGGGUGGAGAGGAUGAGGGCCGCGGGUUUCAUGCCCAACGCCGUCACCUACACCUCGCUGAUGCACGCGGCCUCCAAGCAGGGCGACCACUCCUCGGUGGAGGACCUGUACCUGGAGGCGCGGGAGGCUGGCGUCGCCUGCGACGAGUUCGUCUUCGCGCAGCUCAUCGAUGCCGCGGUGGCCGCGGGGGACGUCAAGGCUGGCGAACAAUGGUUCGACAAGAUGGUCGCCGCACGCGUCGAACCCGACAUGGUGGUCUUCGACAAGCUCGUGGCCGCCCAGGUGCAGGCGGGAGACCUGGCCGCCGCCGAGGGCUGGCUCGAGAGGGCCCGGCAGUCCGGCCUGCGGCCCACGGUGGCCACGUUCGCCGCCCUCGUCGGCGCGGCGGCGCGCCGCGGCGACGAGGCCCUCGCGGACAGGUACGCCGCGCUGGCCGCGGAGUGCGGCGUGCCGCGUCGCGCCAUAGCGUCCAAGGUCGUGCUGGACGAGAACGCCAAGAGAGCGUUCGCGGCCGUCGCCAGCAAGGCCGCCACCAGCGGCGACCUCGACGCAUCCAGGCGCUGGGCCGCGCGCGCGCACGCCGCCGGUGUGGAGCUGCGCACCGCCGCUGGCGGCGGCGGCGCGCCGGCGCGAGGCGCCGAGGAGGCCCCCGCCACGCCUGCCGAGGACCGCGGACGGACAAGCGGCAUGUGACAGGCGGCAGGACUUGAGCUUUCGCAGGUCUGGCCGCGCGGAUUUCCGGGCUCGGCGCAGGUCCGUGCGGAUCCUCUUGCGCGUAGCGGUUGUUCCCCGGGCCAGUCUUUCUUUGGAUCACGGCAGCGACAGUGCGUAAGGGGAGAGGGGGGGCUGGACCCCACCUGCGGGCCCAGUGCCGGUCGAUGAGAUCCGCGCAGAAACCGUGAAAGUUUGUGUUCGGCCAUGCCCGACGCGAGCCCUGGGCAGUGUUCUCACGAGUACUCCCAAGCGGGAUGGUGAAGCCUGCAUGCUUCCCUUUCAACCCUGAUGGGAACAUCGAAGACGAACAACGCCAUAAACAGAGACUUUUGGGCACUCCGUGCGGAGCGACAAACACUUAUGUUUAUGGUGUUUUCUCUUCACAAGGCACUGACUCCACCAUGCAGGGAGAGCACCGGCCCAGGAGGGAAUCCGGGGCAACGUAGUCGGGGAUAGUCUCAGGGGGGGACGCAUCGACCCCGAGUCGUCCAUCAUCGCCGA